GAAGCGCCGCGGAGGAGCGGCCCAGCGCGCAGAGCCCGGGCGCUGGCGAGCGCCCGCGACCUUCCCCUCCGCAUCGGCGCAGCGCCGAGCUGGCGCAUCCGCCGGGCCCCGGGCACGGCUGACCGCCGGCGGGCUCCCCCGCGCGCCGCAGCUCCCCACGCCCCCGCGCCCCGCGGCAGGGGCUGCGGCGAGAUGGCCGCGCGUGUCGGCCUCCUGCUGCGCGCCCUGCAGCUGCUGCUGUGGGGCAGCCUGGACGCCCAGCUGGCGGAGCGCAUAGGCCAGGAGCUGCACAGGGAGGCAGAGGCAUUCCUGGAGAAGUAUGGAUAUCUCAAUGAACAGGUCUCCAAAGCUCCCACCUCCAGGCAAUUCAGCAAUGCCAUCAGGGAGUUCCAGUGGGUGUCCCAGCUGCCGGUCAGUGGCGUGCUGGACCCCGCCACCCUGCGCCAGAUGACGCGGCCCCGAUGUGGGGUUGCAGAUACUGACAGUCAGGCGGCCUGGACCGAGAGGGUCAGUGCUCUGUUUGCUGGACACCGGGCCAAAAUGAGGCGUAAGAAACGCUUUGCAAAGCAAGGCAACAAGUGGUACAAGCAGCACCUCUCCUACCGCCUGGUAAACUGGCCCCAGCACCUGCCAGAGUCGGCCGUCCGGGGGGCUGUGCGCGCCGCCUUCCAGCUGUGGAGCAACGUCUCGGCGCUGGAGUUCUGGGAGGCCCCAGCCACAGGCCCUGCUGACAUCCGCCUCACCUUCUUCCAAGGGGACCACAAUGACGGGCUGGGCAACGCCUUCGAUGGCCCAGGGGGCGCCCUGGCGCACGCCUUCCUGCCCCGCCGCGGCGAAGCGCACUUCGACCGAGACGAGCGCUGGUCGCUGAGCCGCCGCCGCGGGCGCAACCUGUUCGUGGUGCUGGCGCACGAGAUCGGCCACACGCUCGGCCUGACCCACUCGCCCGCGCCGCGCGCGCUCAUGGCGCCCUACUACAAGAGGCUGGGCCGCGACGCGCUGCUCAGCUGGGACGACGUGCUGGCUGUGCAGAGCCUGUAUGGGAAGCCCCAGGGGGGCUCAGUGGCCAUCCAGCUCCCAGGAAAGCUGUUCACUGACUUUGAGGCCUGGGACCCCCACAGACCCCAGGGAAGGCGACCUGAAACCCAGGGUCCUAAAUAUUGCCACUCAUCCUUCGAUGCCAUCACUGUAGACGGGCAGCAGCGACUGUACAUUUUUCAAGGGAGCCACUUCUGGGAGGUGACAGCUGAUGGCAAUGUCUCGGAGCCCCACCCACUACAGGAAAGGUGGCCUGGGCUGCCCCCCCACGUUGAGGCAGCAGCAGUGUCACUGGAGGAUGGAGACUUCUACUUCUUCAAAGGGAGUCGAUGCUGGAGGUUCCAGGGCCCCAAGCCAGUGUGGGCUUCGCCACAGCUGUGCCGGGCAGGCGGCCUGCCCCGACACCCCGACGCGGCUCUCUUUUUCCCUCCUCUGAGCCGCCUCGUCCUCUUCAAGGGUGCCCGCUACUAUGUGCUGGCCCGAGGGGGGCUGCAGGUGGAGCCCUACUACCCCCGAGGCCUGCGGGACUGGGGUGGUGUCCCUGAGGAGGUCAGUGGCGCCCUGCCCCGGCCCGACGGCUCCAUCAUCUUCUUCAGAGAUGACCGCUACUGGCGCAUCGACCAGGCUAAACUGCAGGCCACCGCCUCGGGCCCCUGGGCCACAGAGCUGCCCUGGAUGGGCUGCUGGCACGCCAACUCAGGGGGCGCCCUGUUCUGAAGGCACCCCCACCUCUUAGUGAACUGUUGGUACCCUCCUGGCCCACUUGUGUCCCCUGCCCCAGGGGCAGAAGCUGUCUUGGAAGCUCUGAGCCUCCCUGCAGAAGACCCGGCAGGGAAGUUUGUCUGCAUUUGUUCCCUGGGGAAUGUGGCGUUGUCUUUGUGCUGUCCCCACCACAAGGAGGUGGGGCUGGGAUCAAUCCAAGGAGAAACCAAAAAGGGUCUCAGACCCCAUGGCCCUUUCCCCAAGGACUCUUUUCUCCUCAAGCUUGGGGGAUUUUGUUUCUUCUGCUAAAGGUGCAGUUCUGUCUAUAAGGCAGCAGCACUGGGCAACCAGGGAGGAUGCAAAACUCAACAGAGAGGUUGGGACCAUUUUGCAAGACUGUCCCCUUCCCCUCAAGACCUCUUGGUUGAGUCCUUGGAGAACUGUGCCUUAUUUAAUCAGAGGCCCCACCCCCAGGAAGCCUGCAUGGGUUGGGUUCAAGGGUCACCAACCUCAGAGGCCCUGAGGGGGGUCAGGACCCAGAGCAAGAGGGAGACUGAUGCAGGCAGGCUUGCUGGGCCCUGGCUUUUUGUGGGGGGCUGGAAUAAAGAGGUGCCCCCAGCUGGAGCGCCUGGAGGUGCAAACCAGCCAUCCUUGGAAUGGUUUCCAGGGAGAGCAGGUGGGCAGGAUGCUGAGGAGGCUGAGACCAUGCCCUUCCAUCCAAGCCAGGGCCAGGGCUGUGUGUGUGUGUGUGUGUGUGUGUGUGUGUGUGUGUGUCGUUGUGAUGGGGAGAGGGGCCUGCUUCUCCUCAGAAAACAAAAUAUCCUUGCUUCCCCUCACCCCCCAGGCCAGAUGGAGAACCACAUGUGGCAGGGAGAGGACAGGGGCCUCUCUGGAGGUCUGCACUGCUGCAGGGCUGGGGGCUCUGCAGGCUGGGGGAGGCCCUGUGCUCACAAUGGCCUCAUUCUCCAGGCCACACACGCAGCAUUCCAGGAGCUCCUGCUGGCUGGCCAAGAAUAGCUGGGAUUCCUGGAGAAGGAACCAGCUCCCCAGCCUCCCUGUCUUCUGCCUCAGCCAGUCUCAGCAUUUUAGCAUCUGGUUCUCCGGUCCAGCCGCCCUCCACACCAGCCAGUACCUCAUCUGCACACACAUUGACCUCAGCAAGACCAGGCUUCCAGGGGGAGAGGAGAAUGGCCUGGCAAGGUUCAGCCCUCUGCUCCCACGGGCAUUCCUGGCCCUGUGCCUCCAUUUUCUUCUCUGCGCAGUGGGGAGAAUGGCCUUUGACUGCCCUUGGAUGCAAGUGCUUUGUACUGCCCGGUCCGUGGGGGGGGGGGGGCGGAGGGAAGAGGCUCUAGCCCUGCCCUUUUUCCCUCUGGCUUGAACCUCAGGGAAGGGGAAGAAGGUCUGUCUUCAUUACCCUCCCCAGAGCCAGAGGAGCCGCCUCUCCCCACCUCAAGGCACCGACACUUGGAUUAGAGGCUUUAUUGAAUGAUUUGAGGGAAAGGGGCAGGUUUCUCAGAGGGGUGAGGGAACCCAGAGGGUAUUUUCUCUAGGCGAUGCCUCUGCCCGUCAGGCCAGAAGGACCUGAAAUACCCAAAAGAAUGUGAGGCUGUGCCAGGGGACGCGAGUCAGGUGGGCGGCAGGCACUGGGUGCUGCCCGGGGGCGGGAGCCCUCAGGAGGCGCUCAGGAGGAAUGGAGCACCAGGUGAUGUUGGGUUUGGCAUUAGGUGGGCGCUAGGUGACAGGUGGGGACGCCCCAUCAACCGUGGGCCUUCUUGCCUGAGGAGGGCGCUCCGGGAGGGCGCCUCUGAGAAGGGGCAGUUCUGUGGAAUGUGCUGGAGAGCGCUCCGCGUCAUGGGAGAGGAGAAGGUUGCAGGGAGUUUGGGGUCAGGCGAGAAUGGAUGGCACAAAGGCUGGAAGUGGGGACGCUCAGGGGCUCCCGGCGGCCCCCGCCCCUCCCGAAGCCCGCGCCUCGCCCAGAUCCGGGUGCUCCAGAAUGCAGUGCGCCACGAAGGCCGGGUGGCUGUGCAGGUUCCUGCAUUUCUUGCAGAAAAGGAUCUCGCAGCGCGCGCAGCCCCCUCUGCGCGGCUGUUGCCGCCGCGUCUCCAGCACGCACGGCUCCUCCGGGAGGCUCCGCUUCCUGCGGGCGGGGACCUGGACGCUCAGCGCACCGCGCCGUCCCCUCCCGCCGGGGGCCCCGGCACACGUCCGUCCCGCCCGGGCCGAGGGCGCACCCUCACCUGUCGGCGAGAGCCGCCAGGCCGCCGAGCAGCGCGAAGGGGCUGAGCCAGCCCCAGAAGCCGCUGUCCGCGCGCCGCAGCAGCGCCACCUGCUGGGUGCUGGACUCCUGGCGCAGCGGGCAGUAGGACACCGAGUCCCGCUGGCCCUCGCCGCCCUCCGCGUCCUGGCACUCCGCCUCGCCCUCGGCCGCGCUCUCCUCCGGCAGCCUCUCCUCGUCCUCCUCCUCCAACCCCUCCUCGGCUUCCUCCGCCUCCUCCUCUCUGGCCCGGGGCUCCUCCGGUUCCUUCUUCCACAAAGGGGUCUUCACGCCUGCGGGCGGGCGGGGAGGAGGUCAGCGCAGGCCCGCUGUCCCCAGUGAAGAGCUCAAAUACCCUGACUGUUGCCCACAACCCGACCCCCCAAAAAGGCAGGCGCCCGAAGGACGGUGCGUAGGAGAUGCACAGGGACAGCAGGACUCCCAGAAUCCUGCAGAGUUUGCAGGAUUUCCCUGCCUGGCCGCUCCCGACUUCCCAGAUUUCUGCACUUCCUAGCUGAGGAUUCCGGGCAAGACACGUCGCUUUUGUCAAGCUCCGUUUCCUCAACUGUAAAAUAGUAAAAAGUAAUGCCUGUCUCAAGGGAGGCGGGGAAGAGAUCGCGUCUGUGUAAAGCGCCCAGGCCCGAGCUCUGCAGGCUGGAAGCAAUCAACAGGAGGUAGCCAGGAGGACUGUGAACCCGGAGGAAAUGAUGGCUCAUCACGCCUUCCUUCUAAUCUGGUGGGUACCGAUCUCUGUGUGGGCUGUCAAUAAACAUUAAGUGCACUCAUUGGAAUGUUAAUAGGUGGUGGUUUAUAUUUUGUUUUCUGGAUGGGAUUUCUUUCUUCAAAGUGGGCCCCUCGAGGAAGCCCAGCAUCACCUGUGGCGGGGUGGAGAGGCAGGUGGGCACACCGCUUCUGCAUGAUUAGCAAAAGGUACCUCCGA